UGGAAUUUAGGCAUACGAUGUUUUAACGAUGCAACUUUCUUAACAACGGCCGAAGACGUUAACACGCGUAUCCCAAAACACUACGCAGAGAGGUUCGCAAAGUGAGUCGUUGAGAAGUGUCGAUACUGAUAGGAUCGAAAGAAGCAGCACUGCUCUCGGAUCAGCCUUCUCUCUUUCCAAUUGUGCCUUUCAAAAAAGUAUAAUAACAUUAGAAGAUCAGCACCUAGAGAGUUACACUACAUAUACAAAAGUAUGUGGACACCCCUUCAAAUGAGUGGAUUCGGCUAUUUCAGCCACACCUGUUGCUGACAAGUGUAUAAAAUCGAGCACACAGCCAUGCGAUCUCCAUAGAAAAACAUUGGCAAUAGAAUGGCCUUACUGAAGAGCUCAGUGACUUUCAAUUUGGCACAGUCAUUGGAUGCCACCUUUCCAACAAGUCAGUUAGUCAAAUUUCUGCCCUGCUAGAGUUGCCACAGUCAAUUGUAAGUGUUGUUAUUGGGAAGUGGAAACGUCUCGGAGCGACAACAGCUCAGCCACGAAGUGGUAGGCCACACAAACUCGCAGAACGGGACCGCCGAGUGCUGAAGCACGUAGCGUGUAAAAAUCAUCUGUCUUCGGUUGCAACACUCACUACCGAGUUCCAAACAGCCUCUGGAAGCAACGUCAGCACAAUAACUGUUCAUCGGGAUCUUCAUGAAAUGGCCGAGCAGCCGUAGACAAGCCUAAGAUCACCAUGCACAAUGGCAAGCAUCGGCUGAAGUAAUGUAAAGCUCACCGCCAUUGGACUCUGGAGCAGUGGAAACGCGUUCUCUGGAGUGAUGAAUCACACUUCACCAUAUCUGGCAGUCUGAUGGACUAAUCUGGCUUUGGCGGAUGCCAGGAGAACGCUACCUGCCCCAAUGCAUAGUGCCAACUGUAAAGUUUGGUGGUGGUGGAGGAGGAAUAUUGGUCCGGAGCUGUUUUUCAUGGUUCGGGCCCGGCCCCUUAGUUCCAGAGAAGGGACAUCUUAACGCUACAGCAUACAAUGACAUUAUAGAUUACUCUGUGCUUGCAACUUUGUGGCAACAGUUUGGGGAAGGCCCUUUCUUGUUUCAGCAUGGCAAUGCCCCUGUGUGCAAACCGAAGUUCAUACAGAAAUGGUUUGUUGAGGUCGGUGUGGAAGAACUUGACUGGCCUGCACAGAGCCCUGAUCUCAACCCCAUCGGGAUGAAUUGGAAUGCCGACUAUGGCCCGGCUUAAUUGCCCAACAUCCGUUCCCAACCUCACUAAUGCCUUUGUGGCUGAAUGGAAGUAAAUCCCGUCAGCAAUAUUCCAACAUCUAGUGGAAAUCCUUCACAGAAGAGUGGAGACUGUGUUAUAGCAGCAAAUGAAUGCCCAGGAUUUUGGAAUGAGAUGUACUUUUGAUCAUGUAUUGUUUCACCUAUGGCUACAAAUAUUGAGGCGGCUAAUGCUUAGCCAAUAAUAAUGCACUAAAUCAAGAAUAGGCACAUCAUUGCGCACAUGUUAAAUAUCAUAAAAUAUGCUAUAUCGAGGCAAACAUUUCUGACGACAGGAGACAAAUAGCGAAGUAAAACAAUUUUAUUACCAUUAAAUUGAGUUCAAUAUCGUUCAAAUAUUUAGGUCUAUGUAGCGUAUACUGUAUUCAUCUUGUUAUUUUAGUGACUGGAACGAGCUGCAAAAAAAUACUCAAACUGGACCGUUUUAUCUCCAUCUCUUCAUUAUGGACACUUACAGACAGUUGUAGCUGCUUCAAGUGAUUUAUUGUUGUCUCUUCCUUCUUGCGUUUUGUGCUGUUGUCUGUGCCCAAUAAUGUUUGUACCAGGUUUUGUGCUGUUUCCAUGUUGUGUUGCUGUGUUGUUGUUUUAGGUCUCUCUUUAUGUAGUGGUGUCUCUCUUGUCGUGAUGUGUGUUUAGUCCUAUAUUUUAUGUUUUAAUCCCAGCCCCCGUAUGAGGCAUUUUGACUUCUGGUAACCCGUCAUUGUAAAUAAGAAUUUGUUCUUAUCUGACUUGGCCGUCAUUGUAAAUAAGAUUUUUUUUUAACUGACUUGCCUAGUUAAAUAAAAAUAUAUCCUUCGUUUGUUAGGUUAAUUAAAAGAAUACCCUUCGCUUGUCAGCAAAGAAAUGGUCACAGAAAGACACACCGUAAUUUUGUGUUUAGUGGAGAUAUUCUGUGUAUAAAGUGACGCGGAAGGGCGAAGAAUCAUUAACGACGUAGGCUACUUAGCUGUUCUACGAGUGGUCUGGUGCAGUCGUUAAAUAACGACCGUUUUGAAUAGCAAGUUUAGUAACGAUGGUUUUGGGAAAUUGCUCGGAUAUUUAACGACGUUCCUAUGAAGGUUCUAACGACGAACGUAACCUUAAAAUUCCUUUGGGAAAACGGGUCUACUCUGGUGGCCACUCUUAACAAUUAAAAUACAUUUAUUCAAAAAUGGAAGGCAGUCGGUAGGAGGCAAGAACAGGUUGGGAGUCAUCGCAGCCACAAAGUCAAAAUUGGCUAUAUCGUAAACAUUCAUGAAAACAAACAUUUGCUUUCUGUUUUUAAUUUAGGGUUAGGCAUAAGGUUAGUAGUAAGGUUAGAUUUAAAAUCAAAUUUUAAGAAGAUGAAUUGUAGAAAUGAGCGGGGUUUAUGACUUUGUGGCUGUGGUAACUAGUGACAACUGGCACAACCGAUAUAGGCCUAAAGUGUUUUUUUCAAAGUUGCCGGGAUGUCACGUGUCCUAUUUAAGUCAGUAAACUCGUAACAACCUAAUCAAUCCGAAACAUCUAUUCGAUCAAAUAAGCAAUCUGUUUUGUGAACCAAAUUAGACACUCUCAUUGACCUCCAUACAAAAACUCCUCGUUCGGUGACCAAAAAAACGCCACCUCCUGGAGAAGACAGAUUUUGUGCCCAGUUAUCAUUCUCGCUUAGCCUCUUCCUCUCUGGUUCCCUAACACUUCGUUCUCCUCACCGAUUUUACAUUCGGUUUUCAAUUAUACACAGUACACAUAGGAAAAAAAUCAUACAUAUAAUUGUUUUCGACUAACGGCUACCGUAAUCCAUAUAUAUCACAGCCCAACAUGCAACAUUCGUAGCCUACAUUGUUGCAAAUUGAAGUAGUGUAACUGUUGCUAUCUCUCAAUGCUGCAUCGUUACAUUGUACUAUUUAUUUGAUUCCUUUGGAGUGAUUUCAAUAAGCUAUUAGUAAUUGGACAUCUUUUUCCUAUGUUAAAAUGGUUAUGCUUGAAUUUGACCCACUUCGAACAUGUGGGCUGCCUGUUGACAUGCUAAUAACGUUUCCCUGACGUUUUUGUCUGCUUUUUCAAUCCCGAGGAAAUGGACUCGCCUCCCAUUUUUUAUUGCCCAGUGUCCUGGGAGGAAAGUAACUUGGCGUUGAUGACGACAAUGAAAAAAUAGCCUACAAGCGAUGGUUGAUUUAAAACGACUUGUGUCUUACACUUUUGAACUCAUUCAAAUUGUAGUCUAUUACAGCUUUUGUUCGUGGGGCUGGUUUCGAUUUGUUUUACUGAAUGAGCCUGAUCGAAAAACGGUCCGUUCUUGACAAAACAUUCCACUUUCAAAGUUGGAACUCCGUGAGAAAUAGAGAUGCGCUCAUUAAAGGAAAUGGGAACCACACAGACAACCGGAAAACGCAUCCACGCGCCACGGCUGCCUCGCAUGAUGUCAAUAUGUUUUAACAAUACAAAGUAUUCCUUCAAGGACCUCGAUUGAGAUACCGCAUAUGCCUGCUUGUCAUGGGUGCGUCUACGCGGUUAUUUUGCUCUGCUCCAUAUGGUUUUGGAGCGCUUAUGCAAUGAGACAACCGGGAAUUAUUAAGUAGGACUAGCCUGCAUUGAUACAUAUCACGACAAUAUGGCUGAUCAGAGUAACAUCCAGUCUGCUGCUUCCAAAAGCAUCCGGCCAUUCAAGUCCAGCGAGGAAUACCUGUAUGCCAUGAAGGAGGACUUGGCCGAGUGGUUUAACACACUGUAUGACCUGGAUAUAACAGCAGACACCUUUAUGGAAGGGCUGGAGACUGGCUGUGCCCUCUGUCGGCAUGCCAACAAUGUGAAUCGAGCAGCGCUGGACUUCCAGAUGGAGUACCCGAAGGUUGCACAGUCAUUGAGGAUGCCAACCAAGGAUGUGGUUUUUCAGUCGCGCAACGUGGUCCCUGGGUCGUUUUUGGCUCGGGAUAACGUGUCCAAUUUCAUCGGCUGGUGUCGCCAGGAGCUCUGGAUCAAGGAUGUUCUGAUGUUCGAAACCAACGACAUAGUGGAGAAAUGCAACGAGAAGAACUUUGUGCUGUGCCUGCUGGAGGUGGCGCGGCGCGGGGCCAAGUUCGGCAUGCUGGCCCCGAUGCUGAUCCAGCUGGAGGAGGAGAUCGAGGAGGAGAUCCGGGACCAGGAGAACCAGGGGGAGCCCAGUCCAAGCCUACUUCCAAUAAGCAGGGCUUUCGUUCGCAAGGAGAGUGUGGUUGAUGAACCCGAGCCUGCCUCUUAUGCACAUUGGCAACAGAAACAGAGGGUGCUGUGUGACAUGAGAAACUUAGAUGAGUUGGUGCGGGAGAUCCUGGGCCGUUGCUCCUGCCCCGCCCAGUUCCCAAUGACCAAGGUGUCUGAGGGGAAGUACAAAGUGGGAGACUCCAGCGCUCUGAUUUUCAUACGGGUCCUACGUACUCAUGUGAUGGUGCGUGUGGGCGGGGGAUGGGACACAUUAGAACACUAUCUGGACAAGCAUGACCCCUGCCGCUGUGCCGCCUUCGCUCACCGGUAUCACCAGGCCAAAGCCAGUGGGCAAGGUGCCCACAGCAAGUCCUCCAGUGCCCACUCCUCCCGCUCCACCAGCCCAGGCCCACACUGGCGUAAUGAGGGCAUUGCCCCCUAUAAGCCGCCUGACAGACGUUCCCAGGGCCUGGAGCCUCUGUGUGCCCCCUCGUCCACCCGGCCUGGCCGCUCCCACCACCCCUCCCUCCCCACGGAGCUCGACUCCAACGCAGGACGCACCCCCCUGCUACCACGGCCACCACGGGACCGCUCAGAACCUCGACACUUCAACCCUCUCAAGUCUAAGGACUCGUCAUUGAUGCCAGUGACCCGCCGUCUAUCAGGGGACAGCGACUCCUCUACAGCCUCCUCUAAGGGAGGAGGAGGGACAGGGGGAGGCCGCUUCUCUCUGGGAGGCACCCGUCGCUCCGGAGAGGAGGUGGUCCUGCUGGUCAACAGGAAGGAGGGGAAGCAUUUGAUCGAAAGGCCUGGAGGAGGAGGUGGUCAGAUCCCAGCCCUGUGCCCCCCAAUGCCCCGCGCACGCAGCCACUCUCGGGAACGCCCUGCCCCUGCCACCAUCCUCAAACCCAGCCCCCCACAGGGCCCCUCUGACGGGCUCAGGACCAGUCGUGGGGACAGGGGCCGCUCUCUGGGGCCCGAAGGCUCCCGCAGGCUCCAGGCCCCGCGUUCCCACAGCCAGGGAAAGAUGCCCAGCCGGAGUCGAACCAACGAUGCCAGCCCUGGAUCCUGUCCCCGUCACGGGGCCUCUCAGCCCCCAUCCUCUGACAGACGAGAGGAGCUGAGGGCCAAACAACUACCCCCUGCCUCCCCCAGAAUCAGUGGAGGUUUCUCCAGGAGACAAUCAUCCUCCUGCUCUAAUUCGCCUAUCAAAGGACUUCAGAGCAGCAGCCCCAGUAAGAAGACUAUGGUGGCUCCCAGGCCCCCUGCUCCACGCUCCCCCUCAGUAGGGAAGAGUAGGCUGCUGCCCCCAGUCUCCCAGGCAGGCCGACGCUCUCCACACUCCACUUCCCCCCGCUCCUCUCACUACCAUGGGCAUGGACCCCGCUCCCCUCGAACCUCCCACGGCCCUCGCUCCAAUGGGCAUGGCCACAGGGGGUUGGCCGGCUCUGAGCGGCAGGAGCCCGAGGAGGAGGGGCUAGGCUAUAAGUUCCAGAUGCUGCCCAAUCUGGACCCCCAGAAGGAGCAGGACCUGUACCGCAGCUUCGAGGCUGAGUUCCUGGCUAACACAGGGCAGGGCAAAGUGGGGCCCAGUAGACCACAACAGGGGGUUGGGGCCCAAAACCUCCCCACACCUGCCUCUGCUGACCCUAACGUUACUGACUCAGCCUACUCCUCCUCCAACUCCUCCACCUCCUCAAUCAAUGUGGGGGGGAAGGUAGGAGCUCUGCCUGACCUCCGGGAGUCCAAGAGAACUAACCCACAUUCCUGUGGAAGACUAGAGAAUACCCUGGCCCCACUGCAUGGCCAUAGCCUGGGCGGAUUAUCUAACGGUGGGCACACAGAACCAGUGCGCUGGAGCGAGCGAGGUGGAGGUCUCAGGAAGCUCCCUGCCAUCUCCAGUUCCAUGGAGCUCCUGUCCUCCUUCCCUGGCCAGAGAGACUCAGAGCUGGGCAUAGCUCUCAGCCAUACCCCCUCACAACUUCCUUUCAACCCCAGGAGCAUGAAUAUGGGCCAUGUCAGUGGUGCUCCAGCAGAGGUGCUGAUGGAGAGCCAGCAGGGUCAGCUGGGCUGGGGCUCAGGGCCUGAGGGAGACGUCCCUCUGGAGGAUCAACAACCAAGCCUCCCCUAUGACCUGGAGGAUGGAGACCCCAACGAGGACCUCCCUCCCCCAGAGUCUUGUCCCUCACCCAUCCCCCUUCCCCCCUCUGAGGACUGCUCCUUCCAGGAAGACUCCUCCAGUGAAAGCUCCUCCAUGUGCUUCAGCCUGAGUGAAUCACGCUCAGAGUCCUCUCCUCCACCUCCUCCCCUAGCCAAUAGGGAUGCUGUUGAUGGAGGUGUGGUCCUCCGGCCGAAGAGGGUAGGUAAGAAGGCUGACAGGAUGCCCUCCAUCUACAAGCUCAAGCUGAGGCCGAGAGUCAGGCCCCGUACAGACAACCGGCCAGAGAACAGCCCGUCACGUAUCCCCACCCCAGUCAGCUACAGAGACCUGCAGGCCAUGGGCAACCUCACCCCUCUCCAUACCCCUACUCCUCCACAGUCCCCUCAGAGCUCACAUUCCAACGGCCACCCAGCCUCACGCAAGGCCCUGCACCAGGCCUUCGGCGACCUAAUCCACCCCCAGUCAUGCUCCACCGCCAUGGGAAGCAGGGACUGCACCUACUCCGUAGAGUCAGGGAGCGGCCUGGACACUGAGGCCUGGAUGUAACACACAACUUACUCAUCAUGAUGAUGCUGAUACAGAACAGUUUGUUGUCAAAUUAAAACUGACUACUGUCUAAAAGACUGGAAACCGGGCUGCAGACUAUUUUUAUAGAACAUGUCACAGUCGCACACUCACUCUUUUAGUCACUUAGGCCCUUUCCUGUCUAUAUCGGUCAGGGUUUCACUAUCCCAUUCUAUUCUUUGCACUCAAAACCAAAUUAUUUAUUUCCAAAGGAGCAAUCCAGAAUCUAAGGCUAUUGUUUAAGUUGAAUGGUUUCUUUUUAAUUAUGGGGAUGUUUUGAUGAAUCAUAAAGUGUCCAAUACAAGGCAGGCAGCUGUCUUGAAAGCCCCAUGUUUUGUUGCCAUACAGAGAGAGAGACAGAGAGACAGAGAGAGAGAGAGAGAGAAAACAUAUGUGCUGUCAUAUGCAUUGCUGAGGGGCAUGAAGAAGUGCCAGGGCUGAGGAAGAGGAAAGAACCCCAGGCAGGAGCAGUGAAACACAAGCGCCAUCAAGUCAACUGGACUGGCUUCCUCUAGUGGACGGUGUAUGCCACAGCAUCUCUGUCUGCUUUGAUUGUUAAAAUACUGGUGAGGCAAGCCGCGCUGUAAAAUAUACUUUCUUGCUCUCAUUCUCCAUACUGCAACUCACCCUCUGCUAGUUACCCCCCCUUCUGUGGACAUCUUUACAGAUAUAAUCUGUAUUGGACUCAUAUAUAAAACAAUUACGAUACUUUACAAUGUUCACAAAUAACAGUCUUUUGGACUUUAUACACAGUACAUAUUCCAUAUGUGCACUGCUACUCACCUUCCGCCACCAACCCUCUGCAUCCUGAGUUGUUCAUUGCCAUACAUGUAUGAUGUCACUUUCUCACUCCCAAUCCAGAUGGCCAUGAUUGAGUGAUUGUCUGUUUUUUGAGUUUUAAGUGUGAAAAUAUACAAAGCAUUUUCUAUGUGUUAACUGCAGUUUGGGGUAAGAGUAAGAUGAUUAUGUGUCAUUGUCACUGAAACAGCAAUGUUGAAUACUUCCAAUGAUCAAGAGUUAUCUGAACUUGGAAAUCAGCAUUUAAAUAUGUAUACAAAAGUGGAUGAAUAUGCAUAAAUGUGUACAUGUGUAUAUACAGUUGCAAGAAAAAGUUGGAAUUACUUGGAUUUCUACAUAAAUUGGUCAACAAAUGUGAUCUGAUCUUCCUCUUAAGUCACAACAAUAGACAAACACAGUGUGCUUAAACUAAUAAUACACAAAUUAUUGUAUUUUUCUUGUCUAUAUUGAAUACAUCAUUUAAACAUUCACAGUGUAGGUUGGGAAAAGUAUGUGAACUCCUAGGCUAAUGACUUAUCCAAAAGCUAAUUGGAGUCAGGACUCCGAUAACCAGGAGUCCAAUCAAUGAGAUUGGAGAUGUUGGUUAGAGCUGCUCUGCAAUAUAAAAAACACUCACAAAAAGUGAGUUUGCUCUUCACAUGAAGCGUUGCCUGAUGUGAACCAUGCCUCGAACAAAAGAGAUCUCAGAAGACCUAAGAUUAAGAAUAGUUGACUUGUAUAAAGCUAGAAAGGGUUACAAAAGUAUCUCUUAAAGCCUUGACGUUCAUCAGUCCACGGUAAGACAAAUUGUCUAUGAAUGGAGAAAGUUCAGCACUGUUGCUACUCUCCCUAGGAGUGGCUUUCCUGCAAAGAUGAAUGCAAGAGCAUAGCGCAGAAGGGUUAAUGAGGUUAAGAAGAAUCCUAGAGUGUCAGCUAAAGACUUACAGACAUUUCUGGAACAUGCUAACAUCUCUGUUGACAAGUCUACGAUAUGUAAAACACUAAACAAGAAUGGUGUUCAAGGGAGGACCCCACGGAAGAAGCCACUGGUGUCCAAAAACAACAUUGCUGCACAUCUGAAGUAUGCAAAAGAGCACCUGAAUGUUCCAGUAGUUCUGUGGACAGACAAAACUAAAGUUGAGUUGUUUAGAGGGAACACACAACACUGUGGAGAAAAAAGGGCACAGCACACCAGGCCUCAGAGCCUGGACAGCUUGGACAGUAUCAUUGACAGAAAAAUGAAUUCCCAAGUUUCCCAAGACAUUUUGCAGGAGAAUGUUAGGCUAUCUGUCCGCCAAUUGAAGCUCAACAGAAGUUGGGUGAUGCAACAGGACAACGACCCAACCCAAAACACAGAAGUAAAUCAACAACAGAAUGCCUUCAACAGAAGAAAAUACGGCUUCUGGAAUGGCCCAGUCAGAGUCCUGACCUCAAACCGAUUGAAAUGCUGUGGCAUGACCUCGAGCGCAGUUCACACCAGACAUCCCAAGAAUAUUGUGGAACGGAAACAGUUUUGUGAAGAGGAAUGGUCCAAAAUUCCUCCUGACCGAUGUGCAAGUCUGAUCCGCAACUACAGAAAACGUUUGUUUGAGUUUAUUGCUACUAAAGGAGGGUCAACCAGUUGUUAAAUCCAAGGGUUCACAUACUUUUCCCACCCUGCACUGUGAAUGUUUACACAUGGUGUUCAAUAAAGACAUGAAAACGUAUAAUUGUUUGUGUGUUAUUAGUUUAAGCACACUGUAUUUGUCUAUUGUUGGGACUUAGAUGAAGAUCAGAUCACAUUUCUUGACCAAUGUAUGCAGAAAUCCAGGUAAUUCCAAAGGGUUCACAUACUUUUUCCUACCACUGUAUAUGUAUAUGUAUACUUUCAUAAAGAUGUGGGUAUAGUGUAUAUAACAAAAAUGAAUUAUGAAAUGUGUAAAUAUUCACUGUAUGGGGUUUGAUGAUGCCAUAGCUAUGCAAUAUUGCUGUUGGAAAUGCCUUGACAAUUCCCUUGGCCUUAAAAUGUGUGGUUUGAGAACGUUGGUGCCCAACAACACCCAUUCACUCUUGAGUGUGAAUUCAUUUCCAUCACCAUCAGUUUUUCUCUCAAUGUAGAAUUGUCCAAAAACAUUCAUUAAAAAGCACCAUAUUAUUUGCAAUGGAUUUGUAUGAUCGAUACAGACAAACCACUCUCUCAUCAAAGGAUAUUCAGUGACAUCUAGUGGUUGAAAAAAGAUGGUCUCAUUUGAAUGAAAUUCCUUCACAGAUUUUUUUUUAACCUUUAUUUUACUAGGCAAGUCAGUCAAGAACAAAUUAAAAUGUUCAAUGACAGCCUAGGAACAGUAGGUUAACUGCCUGUUCAGGGGCAGAAUGACAGAUUUGUAUGUUGUCAGCUCAGGGAUUUGAACUUGCAACCUUCUGGAUACUAGUCCAACGCUCUAACCACUAGGCUACCCUGCCACCCCAAUUGAUUUUGCUAGACUGGUUUGGAGCAGAUGAUUGUUGAUCGUGAUGUAUUGUGUGGUUUAUUGAAAUGACUUAAGAAUAUGUGUAGGUUUUUCUUUAAUGUUUUUUUUUUAUCUGGGGAAUGGACAUGAGUAAUAGAUAGUGUAAUGGAUAUGUCUGUCCCGCUAUAGACUCUUGCCUUAUUGGUAUUAUCAAUUACAGAGCAGGGCAGGGAUAUGACUGUGGUGUUGGCACUUUAACAGGGUUGUAGAGCGUGUAAGACUGCUAUGAAUGGUAUAGUUUUACAGUGGAAUGACAGGGACUGUGCUGCAGUGGGUUUUCAGUAAAUGGAUGGCACAAGCCGAGUGGAAAGAGUUUGUUUGUGUGUGUACGUCUUUCAGUAAACUGAAUCGAAGUGUACAUUCUGUAUAGGAUUAUGUACCAGGUGUCAAAGGGAAUGUAGGUAGAGUUGAAGAAAAGCAGGGAGGGAUGUUGUUGGUCUUGUUUAUUUAUGAAUUGGUUUCGAGUGACGGGUGGGGCUCUAAGUGAAAAACAACACUGGAUGUAGAAUCUAAAGCCAGUGAGAGCCCAAAAUAAGUUGUAAAAAAUACAUGAAAAAAUGGUGUUAGAAGUGUGGCUCUUGAUUAUCCUAAUGGUUUUAGCCAGAGCCCAUAGUUUAGUAAUGCACAAGGUUCCAGGGACCUAAUCCAAUCUCUGCAGACAGUUGAGACCAUUUCUGAGGAAGUUUUCAUGUAUUUUUGUCUUUGGAUUUUGAUUGUUAAAAGAUUUGCUUUUAACAUGUUUUAUCUUGCCAAUUAAUGUCCACACAUCAACCAAAUAGACAAUACAGCAGAAACUGUUAUGCUUUUAAAAGAUCCAGAAUCUGAAUUUAUUUGCCAUAUAAAGGGAACACUCCAGCAAUGAAUAUAGCCAAUCCAAGAGGGUCAAAGGUUGUGUUGAUGACUACACAGGAAUGAGCCAACCUACACACAGCCUAGGCUUUUAACUGCUCAAAGAUACAGUUCCAACAUAUUUAAACCUCCACUGCCAUAAAGGCUCUGUUUGCAUUAUUAGCCAACGUACAUUUUCUCUCUUCUCUGACCAAUGAGAAGCUGAUCAACCUUUUCAUUUCAUUGCUUUUACGUGUAGCGGUCUUUAAAAAAGAUGUCUAUAUGUGUUUUAUUUUCAAUUAAAUUGUUCAAUUAUGUAAUAUGUUUAAAAUAUUAAAACAUGCAUGAUGGGUUAGCAGGUGACAGGUUUUACAAGUUGUUUUACAUGUUUGUGACAUUAAGAAAACCAUAGUCCAAUUAUUGAAUUUGUCAAUUCAACUAUGAUUGCAAUUUUUGUUAUCUUAGUGUGCAAAGUUGCAUGUCAUCUCUACAUGCUUGGUUUUUGUUUGUCAAAUGCUGCUUUGUAAAUUCCAGAACUUUCUCUCUCUCUCUCUCUCUCUCUCUUUUGAUCUCCCUUUUGAUCUUUUUUUAUGUCUAAAUGGCAUAACACAAAAUAAUGAAAUGAAAUUGAUCAUAACAUACAUUUUGAAUGUUCAUUUAAAUUUAUUUCAGUGUUUAAGCGUUAUUUGCGGAUGUUAUCUUCUAUCAAACAAUGACUUAAUAAAUGUACUGAAGAGUGCUUGAAAUUGUGGAAUUUGUCUGUAUUAAAUAGCAAUACUGCAAUACCAAGACUUCAUUUGUUCCUUGAAAAUGAAUUGCUGUCAAAUUGUUCUUGUAAUAAAAUAUGUUCCUUUGAUUUUGUUUAUA